AUGCUCUCGAAUCGAAGCGAAGAAACUGCGAGAAGCGUUCUUUUCCUGGACCGCUCUGCCACCACUGCAUCUAGCGAAAGCUCUGCCACCGUUGUGCCACAGACGGGCUCCCGCCACGAGAGCCACGAGCAGCGGGGCGUCUCCCACUUCGUGCGGGCGAUGACCUCCGCCACGGGCCGCGCCCACUCCGCCUUCGCCAAGAUGCGGCAGCUGCAGCGGCGGGGCGCCACCAUCGCCACCACCGGCGACCGCCAGACCCUCGCCUUCACGCUGCGCUGCACCCCGGUCGACUUCCCGGAGCUGAAGAACUACCUGCUGGACGCGGCGUUAAGGUCAGUCGUGCAGCUAGCAGCUAAAGCCUGCGGGAAUUUCGCGCAGUCAACGUUAUCGCGAUUUUUAUGCGUGGCAGCCGGCAGAUGCUGCUACCACGAGUGGGAACUGGCUGACAUGAAGCCGUUCAUUAAAGACAACCUCCUCAGACUAAGUCCGGAGGAGCGCGUCAUCGAUUUGGUGCAGAGCGCGUUUUGGUUUGGACCUUUGAGUAACUCGGUGUACUGCGAGGAGGCGAGGGUCGACGGGAUAUCGGUCGACCACUUGAAGGGCUUCGUGGGGAACUUUGGCCGCGAACAUUGCACGGUAGCGAGUGUAGGCUUCGCGUACGACGAGACUCUUAAGUUGGCCGAGAUGAUUGAGUUGAUACACGAAAAGCCGUCUGCUCAGGAGGCUGUGUCUUAUCCAAAACGCGGCUUCGAAUACUACGACCUUGGGCGCGACAGUAUUACAUGGGUUGCUGCAGCCGUGCAAGGCUGUGGGACUUGUGACUUCAGCCGGCUGCUGAAGCACUCGGCGGUGGCGGCGGCGUGUGGGGUGGGGUGCGCGCAGGCGGGCCAGCACCCGCUCGACUGCAUCCGGCACAGCCCGCUGGCCUUCCUCACCGAGGACCCGCAGACGGAGCUGAGGGCGUUCAACCUCUCCUACGCGGAGACGGGCGUCUUUGGAAUACUGGCGAGAACGCAAGCUUGUACAGCCGAGAAGGCUACGCGAGCUAUAAUACAUUUCCUGUCCAACCUCGAUAAAUUAAGCGCCGAAGACAUUGAGAUCGGCAAGAAACGACUAAAAUUCGGUCUCGCUGUACACGAAGAAGACUGCGUCCAAGUCGCCGAAGGCCUGGCGUUACAAAUGGCGAACAACGUUCAGAUGGACGGCCCUCAGGAGUCCUUUGCGAUGGUAGACUCCAUUGCCACAGACGACAUAUUGGCUACGGCCAAUGAGAUCGUUGGAAAGAAAGCAGAUAUGGCGAUAGCAGUGGUAGGUGACGUCACGGCUGUCCCUUUAGAUGUAGAUCUGUUUAAGGGUUUACGA